AUGGCUACUAUCGAGUACCUGUCGGAGAGUAUUGUAUCCCUGUUCCCCGUUCUCCCAAACUUGACAUUGAGUAGAGCUAAAACAGCUAUUCAUCCUCAUAAAUGGCUAUUGAGCAUUUUAACGAAGGAUUCGGCUAAGAAACAUGCAGUGCUGUCGGCAUUUGCAUCACUGAGUUACUAUUCUGCUGUUUCUCCUAAGACAUUCAAACUGUUCUCUGAACGGUUAUCCCGCUCUGCUGAAUGUUUUUCUGAAGAAUUUAUUAAAGAGUCUUUAUUAAGUUUGUUCAAAGAGGGUGUUAACGCUGAGAAGCUUUUGUGUCUCAUCGUUGCAUUUAAUAUUCCGGCACUUUCUUCCGUUUUUGUUGAAAUAUACUCUAAAAGUUGUCUAAUCACCAAUACAAAACCAACUCAGUUUGUUAUUGAUCGUUGUGCUUCAUUCAUUCCUUUGUUAACUGUUCAAGUAUUCGAGAAUGACUUGUUACCAAACGUUAAAAAAUCUUUACUCCGUAGUCCUGAGUUGACUAUGUCCGCAAUUGUUUGCGUUUUACAGAACGUAUCGUUUCCCUUAGAUUCGUAUGCUGACGAUCUUGUCAAAAACAUAUCAUCGUAUUUGGCUUCAACAAAUGAGGAGCUCAUGGAAAAUGCUGUUGAGGCUCUAGUACAGUUGGCAACUUCAUCGUCUCCCGCAGCUACUCAAAAAAUUGUUAAUCGUUUGUUCGAUCAUAUCACUAUGGCCAAAUCUGCUGAGCAAAGAAUUUGUUACUUCAACGGUAUUGCUAGGUGUUCUUUGACCAAAUCUCCUUCGUCGAGUGAACUAGACAAAGUUGCAAAUGAUAUCAUAUCGAAAACAGCCAAAACUGACAAAUGCACACAUGAAGGAACUGUUUCGGCUCAAUGGGAAGUUGCCGUUGCUUGGGCGAAUCGCUUGACAGAGACAUCUCCUCAACUUUCUAACGCUUUCAAUGAAGCCCCUAAGUUAAAUAUUGCUGUUAGAUCUGUUGGUUACAGGGCCAUAGCUAAGAUUCUCUCAGCUAGAAAUCUUACUACUUUGCCAGCAGAUUCGGAGAAGGUGCUGUGGAGUGAGUUACAAAACGCCCAGAAAGAAGCCUUGGAUGCCAUCGGUCUUUCAACUGUUUUGAUCAAAACUAGUGAGAGGGAAUCUGCUAACUUGAAGAAUGUUUGGGAGAAAAUCACGAAGAACGAUCAGUUGUUCAAAGACAAAUCUCUCUCCUCUAUGAACCACAAAGAUGGUAUUCUUUGGGGAGAGUUGUGUGAAAGAUUAAUUCUUGACCGGCCUGUAUCUGAAAAUGAUUUCCCUGUUACUGUUUUGCAAGCAUUGACGCUUCUUCUUUUCUGGCCCAAUUGGGAAGUUAGGAAGCGAGCAAGUUUAGCGCUCGAGAGAAUAAUCAAAGUCGAAGGUGCUAAGUUCUCAAUUGCUUUUAUCAAGUCUAUGUUCUCUGAUAUUGUUAAAGAAACUCUUAUCCAAAAUCUUCGCAAGAUUACCGAGGUUAAGAGCAAACCCGAAUGGACUCCUCCUGGAGAGUGGUAUGUUCUUGCUCUCCGUUUGAUUCUCUCUACAGAAACAGGAGAUUUGACUGAUUUGGCUAUACAUACUUUACUCUUCUCCGCUCAUCCCAAAUUAGUUGUGGUUGAUGGUUCUGUCUGGCUUCGUUGGAUCCACGAUUUGGAUAGAAAUCUUUGGCAUUCCUCUAAGCAGUUCCGCGAUCAAAUUCUUGAAGUUGUGCUUUCUUGCCAGGAAAGACAGAUAAGAGAUAAUGCUUUGAACUCUUUGUUCGCCCUGAAUAUUCCUGAGAUCAGAAAUAAGCUAUGGGAUGAUAUAGAAAAGAAGCUCAGAAGCAUCGAAAUAGACGAAUAUAUGCAACUUACGGAGAAGAAUGUGAACAUCUGGAAGUGUCCUGACGGACAACUGUACAAUACAGAGGCGCUGGAGUUUGAUGAAGGAGAAAUGAACCACAAUACCAGAAGAGAAAAUAAGGGAUUGAGUCAUAAGGAGCAAGUGGCUGAGAUGCAGUUGAGAAGAGAACUGGCAGAAAAAAAACGAAAAGAAGGAAAGCUAACUGCGAAACAGAAGCAGGUCAUGGAAAAAGAGUUGGCCAGCGAGAAGGCUGUCCGCGAAGAGAUAGAUGCUCUUUAUAAAUCUGCUGAGCCUAUCUUAGAUCUUGCGAAGGCUUUGGUACAAGCAGAUCACGCUGAAGCUUUCCACAGAUCAUCCAUUCUGUUUGAUGUAUGCCAACCUUUAACCAAAACUUUCCUUUUGACCAAAGAGGCCACGAGAUUGUUCAAUGCAUAUCGCGACGUAGCUUUCCCAGAGUCGGAAGAUUAUCUUGGAGAUCUACUCGGAAACUGUUGGCUCAAAGUGAAUGGAAGUCACACUUAUGACAAUACUUGGAUCAGUAGUGACAUGGAUGAUUCUCUCAAAAGAUGUUUCAGUCUUCUCAACGAAAGAGCCUUCAUUGUCGACACUGGAGAUGACGAUGAUGAUGGUGACUUUGAGAUUUUUGACGAAAUCGUCGGAGCUCCACAACUCACAUUCCUUUACCCGCUUGUAAAAACUCUUCUUCAUGGUGAUUUCACUGAUGAUCUGAAAGAAGCAGUUCUUACGCUGCUCCAGAAUGCUUUCCAUCGUCGGUUCUUGAAGGACGAUGCAGUCCUCGAGUUGCCCAUGCUAGAAUAUGCUGACCUGCUUCUUGGUUAUUAUUCUAAAAAUUUGACACCAGUUUGUCUGAAAGCCUUAACUCAAGUUGUUAGCUUGGCAAAUGAGUCUGAAGAUUAUGGUCCUCGAGUUGUAGCUUUGGUCCAAGGAGCUUUGAACUAUCUUCUCGAUUUCAAUCCCGAUGUUCGUGGCAAUGUGUUGAAGCUUUUGUCUGCUCCUAACUUGUUGACUAGACUCGUUCUUGAAUCUGAAAACGAAACUUUUGCUAUUAAUUGUUUGAAUCGAAUCUUUAUUGCCAAAUUCGACGAUGUCAACGAAGUUUCUGAAUGUGCAGCUAAUCUUUGGCUGAACUCUAAGUUCAACCUUCGUCCUACAAUGGGUCUCCCUCUUAUCGAUGAAUGUGUUUCACCUAUUUCAUUCAUCAGAAGCUCAGCUGCUAAAGCAGUGUUCGAAUAUUUGGAAGAAUUGCCAGAUGAAACUGAAACUGUUCUACAGAAGCUCGAAGAUAAUUAUCGUGAUCUAUUCCAAGUUAGAGAAGCCAUUUAUGAUGAAGUUGGAAGAAUGCAGAGAGGCUCUGUCGAUGAAUGGGAAAGAAGAAGCGGAGUUGGAGAGACCUUAGAGUUUGUUGCUCGUCUAGUCCCUGAAAACUUGGCUGAAAAACUUGUCAGAAUCGUUGCUCCUAUGGCGUUAACCGAUACCAAAACUGCAUGCAGAUAUGCCAUGACUGAUGCUGCCGUUGAAACCAUUCGUCGUCACGGAAACUAUCUUCUUCCCACUCUUCUGCCUUACUUAGAGGAAAUGUCUGAUAACACCCCUUCCGGGGCUGAGCAUGAUAAUAUGAGAGAAGGACUUGUCGUAUUGCUUGGAACUGCAGCCCAAUUCUUGGAACCUUCUUCCGUGAAAGUCAAAGCCAUUGUUGGCAGACUUCUGGAAGUUCUCAAUACACCCAGUCAAGUUGUGCAAGAAUCGGUUUCCAAAUGUUUGUCUCAUCUCGUACCCGCUAUCAGAGAUGAUUACAAGAAAAUUGUAUCGAAGCUUCAGUAUUUGGCUAUGAAUGCAGAAACUUACGGAGAGAGAAGAGGAGCUGCCUAUGGUAUUGGUGGACUUAUCAAGGGAGCGGGUCUCUACUCGAUCGAUAGUACUGAUCUCAUUCCUGCGACAUUCACAGCAAUCACGGAUAAAAAGAACUGGAAGUCCAGAGAAGGAAGUUUGCUCAUUCUCGAAAUUCUGUGCACAUCUUGCGGAGUACCUGCUGAGCCUUUCAUGGUGAAAGUACUUCCAAACCUUCUUCUGUGUUACGGAGAUAAUGAUGAGAAUGUGAGGAGAGCAGCUGAAGACACUGCUAAAGCUAUGAUGUCUGUCAUGUCUCGUUUCGGAACUAAACUGAUCCUUCCUAUGUUAACAAAGGCUCUUGAUGAUGAUUCUUGGAGAACAAAAUGUGCUGCGACUGAGCUCCUUGGAAAUAUGGCCUUCUUGGCACCUAAACAACUUUCAUCGUGUCUCCCAAGUAUUGUACCAAAGCUUAUUGAAGUAUUAGCCGACUCUUCUUCUAAGGUUCAAAAGAGUGGUGAGAAAGCUCUCAGAAACAUUGCUCGUGUUAUUCGUAAUCCUGAAAUUCUCGGUGUCACUAAUCAUAUCAUGUUGGGACUACUUGAUCCCGCGAAUAAAACCAGCAUUGCCUUGCAGGCUGUUCUGAACACUAAGUUCAUCCAUUACAUUGAUGCUGCUUCUCUUGCGCUUCUUAUGCCAAUUGCUAAAAGAGCAUUCGAAGAUAGAAACAGUGAAACAAGAAGAUUUGCAGCUCAAAUUAUUGCUAACAUCUACAAUCUUACUGAUCAUAAGGAUAUGGAACCAUAUUUGACCGAUUUAGUCCCAGGUUUGCAAAAAUCCAUCUUGGAUCCCGUGCCUGAGAUUCGUUCUGUGGCUGCCAAAGCUCUUGGAGCCAUUGUAUCGAAAUCUACAGGAGCUACCAAUGAGCGUCUCCGCACAACAAUUAUACCUUGGCUCAAGGAUAAAUUGGUUUGUCCUCAAUCCACUGUUGAUCGUUCUGGAGCUGCUCAAGGUCUUGCUGAAGUUUUGGCUGGUGUGGGAACAGAUCAACUCGACUAUGUUAUGCCAGAGAUUAUUGAAGCUACUGAAAGCACAGAGGUUACUGCGGAGACUCGUGAUGGGUACAUUCUUAUGUAUAUCUAUCUUCCAAUGGUGUUCAAGGAUAAGUUCUUACCUUAUCUUCCUAAAGUUGUUCCUCCCAUUCUCAAGGCUUUGGCUGAUGAGAACGAAUAUGUUCGCGCUUCUGCAUUGAAAGCCGGUCAACGUCUCAUUUCUCAAUAUUGCUCGCAAGCACGUCGUUUACUUCUUCCACAGCUUCAAGUUGCUCUAUGUGAUGAUAAUUGGCGUAUCAGAUAUGCUGCUGUCCAACUUAUUGGAGAUUUCCUUUUCAACAUUACUGGAGUCACUGGAAAAUCCUCUACUGCUACAGCUAACGAAGACGAUACUAUGGGAAUGGAACAAGCUGGAAAAACUAUUGUGCGCGCACUUGGACAGCAAUGUCGCGACAAAGUUAUCGCUGGAUUAUAUUUGGCUAGAUCUGAUGUAUCUCUUACUGUUCGUCAAUCUGCUGGCCAUGUGUGGAAGAUUGUCGUUUCAAAUACUCCAAGAACUUUGAAGGAAGUUUUGAAAACACUGUUCGAAAUGGUUGUCGACGCAUUGGCAUCAGCCUCAGAGGACCGUCAACAAAUGGGUGCUCGUUGUUUAGGAGAGCUGGUUAGAAAGAUGGGCGAAAAAGUUAUCAGUGAGAUUCUCCCUGUUCUGGAAGUUAACCAGAACUCAGAGGAAGUUGAAAAAAGAGUUGGAGUGGCAUUGGCCCUUUAUGAGAUCAUUUACAAUAUGUCCAAGGAUGUAUUGAAUCAUUAUCUCUCCAAUCUGGUUCCUUCAGUAAGAAACUGCAUUUGUGACGAAGAAGUUGAAGUUCGUCGAGCAGCCGCGAGUACUUUCUCUGUUCUUUACCAUACUGUUGGUCAUGCUGCCUUGGAUGAGAUUAUUACUCCACUCUUGGAGCAGCUCACACCUGAGCAAGAUCAUAUUUUGGAUGGUCUUUGUGAAGUUAUGAAGAAAAACAGCAGACAAAUGCUUCCAUAUCUUCUGCCACGCUUAACGAAGCCUCCCAUCAACGCUCAUGCUUUGUGUAGUCUCGCAGCUGUAGCAGGGGAUACUCUUAGUCGACAACUUCCAAGAGUUUUGGAUGCUUUACUGGCAGCCUGUGUUAACAACGACCAAUACGAUCCAAUGAUUGAUCGGUGUGAAAAGGUUGUUAUCGCUGUUACCGAUGAAGAGGGUGUACCUGUUUUGGCCGAAUAUCUUCUCGACAAAGCCGCCAAAGGAAAUGUACCAGCUAUUGUUCUCUUCCAUACAUUUGUCGAUAAGAGUGGAGUUGAUCUUUCUGAACGAGCGGAAGAACUCCUCAUUGGUCUUCUUCAUCUGUACUCUUCCACAAAUCCUCAGAUCGUUGAUCAUGUUAUUCACGCUGCCAUUAGAAUCGCUCAAGGAGUCGAUUUACGAGAUAUGAUUAAUAUGCUGCCAAGUAUCAAAAAAACUAUCCGCUUCAUCAUGUCUCAGAGUAAGGGCGCGAGUAUCCCAGGAUUCAUGCACUCUAAAGCUAUUAAUCCCUUAUCUAGUAUCCUCAAAGAAGGAGUUCUUCAAGGUGGAGUUGAAAUUAAGGCUUUGGCUGGAGAAACUUUCAGUCAAAUUAUCACUGUUGCGAAUGAGGACGCUUUGAAGCCUCAUGUUGUAGGACUUACUGGUCCUUUGAUCAGAGUGUUGGGAGACAGAUACCCCGCUUCUGUUAAACUUCCAAUGCUUGAAUGCCUCACAAAACUUUUGUCCAAAGUUGGCAGUUUGCUUCGUCCUUUCAUUCCCCAACUUCUAUCCACUUUUAUUAAAUCUCUUCAAGAUACUUCCUCACGACCAAUCAGAUUAGCUGCUGCAGGAGCUCUUGCGCAGCUCAUUAACAUUCACAUGAAACCAGAAGUUGUGGUGAAUGAUCUCCUAACACACAUCAGCAAGAGUCAAGAUCCAAUGCUGACAGAAACCACACUCGUAGCUGCCCGUAGUUUAAUUGCCCCGGCAGCCAAGAAACUUACCCCACCCAUAAUAGAACUGGGAUUGAAGGGAUGCUCUAGCAUUUUCAAUACUGCUAUUGAAAACCCAUCCGAACUCGAUAAUAGUUUGACUAUAUUGUCGGGAGCUCUCUACGGAGAACUCGCUCUGAGAGCUGAUGAUCCGACUGCAAUUGAGCACAUUCUAUCAGAAGUCGCAUCGUCAUCCAAGCUAAGAAGUCGUCAGGCUUUAGCUGUUGCUUUGGAGCAAAUGAGCAUUAGCGAUCCUGCGAUCGUUUGGGAAAAAUAUCCUUCGGUUCGUAACGCUCUCGUUUCUGCCUUCCAAGCCGAUACAUCAACGGCUAGUUCCUCUAUCAAGGCUGCUGCCAGCUUCCUUAUUAGCCAGGGUGAAAACCCAGACAAAGAUUUGUUGUCAUCUUUCUCAAAGGCCAUCAACCAUCAAGUUGUGGAUGUCCGAAAAAUUGCUGCUAUCGCUUUAGGCCAUGUAUUCGCAGAAAGAGAAGGCAAUUUCAAGACAGAAUAUUUGAAGACAAUUGUACCUCAAUUGGUCAAUGGAUCGAAAGAAAGUAAUUCGGCAGUGAGAUCAGCUUCUGAGCUCGCUUUACUCUAUGCUCUCAAUCUGAAGCAGGGUGAAGAGUUCUUCAAGAAGUAUGCCGAUACCCUUGAAGGACCUGCUGCUGGUGUUCUUAAUGAAUGCCUUCCAUGUCUACAACGAGUUAUCAAGAACGGAGACACCCAUUUGGAAGCUCUCCAUAGCAUUCUCAGCGUUUAA